CUCUUUACCAACUUUCUUUUCAGUUUCUAAAUUAAGUUAUAAAAUUAAAAAAAAAAUUUAACAUUUACUCCUUUUAUUUAUAUAUUUUUUCCAGCUCGUAGCUCGCGAUUUUAAGAUAUCUGCAACAAAUUGUUGAGGGUGUGUUUUGUUAUUAUUAGAAAGGUCUGGCUCUGGAUAGCUAUUUAGACUCCAGUCACCAGGGGGCGGUGCCUCCGAUGGUACCUUCUCGGAUGGCUGGAGGGUUAACCCAAUCUUCCUCAAGUUCUGGAAUUUUCCUCCAAGGAAAUGGGCAGUCCCAGGCUGUAGUUAGCUCUCGCUUGAGCUCACCUUAUGAGAACUCAUCUAAUUCUAUUCCUGGAACUGGGGUUCCUAAUCUGGGUCCUGUUUCAGAUAGUGUGGUGUUGAACAGUGUGGCAAACUCUGGACCUAGUGUUGGGGCAAGUUCUUUGGUCACAGAUGCAAAUUCGGCAUUUUCAGGAGGUCCCCACUUACAGAGAAGUGCUAGCAUUAAUACAGAUUCAUAUAUGCGCUUGCCAGCUUCGCCCAUGUCGUUUUCUUCCAACAAUAUAACCGUGUCAGGUUCAUCAGUUGUUGAUGGGUCUUCUGUAGGCCAUCAUGGCUCUCAUCAAGACCCAAGUGUCCAACAGAUGCAACAGAGUCAGCAGCUGCAACAAGGGGCCUCAAGUGCUGCAUCUCGGCCACAGUCACAAACUGGGCAAGUUUCUGUUCCGUUGGGUCCACGAGUCCCAGGGCCCUUCUUGCAAGACCCUGGUAAUUUAUCCCAGGUGCAGAAGAAGCCUCGGCUAGAUAUCAAACAAGAAGACAUUAUGCAGCAGCAGAUGUUGCAACAACUGCUACAAAGACAGGAUUCCAUGCAGUUGCAUGGUCAAAACCCUCAAUUACAAGCUUUGAUGCAGCAGCAGAGACUUAGACAACAGCAACAAAUUUUGCAGUCGUUGCCACCAUUGCAGAGAGCACACUUGCAGCAGCAGCAGCAACAACAACAACAACAGCAAUUGCAGUUGAGGCAGCAAUUGCAGCAACAGGGGAUGCAGCAAAUAACUGGAAUGAAACGUCCCUUUGAUGGUGGUGUAUGUGCUCGCCGCCUAAUGCAAUACUUAUAUCACCAACGGCAAAGGCCACCAGACAAUUCCAUUGCAUACUGGAGGAAAUUUGUUGCAGAGUAUUAUGCUCCACGUGCAAAGAAAAAGUGGUGUUUAUCAAUGUAUGAUAAUGUCGGGAGUCAUGCACUUGGUGUUUUCCCUCAAGCAGCUAUCGAUGCUUGGCAGUGUGACAUUUGUGGGUCGAAGUCUGGAAGGGGGUUUGAGGCAACUUUUGAUGUACUUCCCAGACUUAAUGAAAUCAAAUUUGGCAGUGGAGUAAUUGAUGAACUUCUAUAUUUGGACAUGCCCCGUGAGUGUAGAUUUCCUUCUGGAAUAAUGAUGUUGGAGUAUGGAAGAGCUGUUCAGGAGAGUGUAUAUGAGCAGCUUCGUGUUGUUCGUGAGGGUCAGCUUCGCAUCAUAUUCACUCAGGACUUAAAGAUAUUGUCUUGGGAAUUUUGUGCACGUAGGCAUGAACAACUUUUUCCUCGUCAUUUAGUUGCACCUCAGGUAAACCAGAUAGUUCAGGUGGCACAAAAAUGUCAGAGCACAAUUUCUGAAGGCGGAGCUGAGGGGGUUUCUCAGCAGGACUUGCAAACAAACAGCAAUAUGGUCUUAACAGCUGGACGACAGCUUGUUAAAAGUUUGGAAGUACAGUCACUGAAUGACUUAGGUUUUUCGAAAAGAUACGUGAGGUGUUUGCAGAUUGCUGAGGUUGUCAACAGCAUGAAAGAUCUGAUAGGUUUUUGUCGAGAAAACAAGUCUGGGGCGAUUGAGGGCUUGAAGAACUAUCCUCGACAUCCCUCUUCGACCAAACUCCAAAUGCAAAAAAUGCAAGAAAUGGAGCAGAUAACAAAUGUUCGGGGUCUGCCAACUGACAGGAAUACCCUCAAUAAGCUGAUGGCAUUGCAUCCUGGGAUAAACAACAAUCCAAUGAGAAACAACAGCCAUCAAAUGGCUGCUGGUCGAGGAACUUUAAGUGGUUCGGCACAAGCAGCUUUGGCACUUUCUAACUACCAGAACCUGCUCGUUCGGCAAAAUUCAAUAAAUUCAAACCCUAACUCACUUCAUCAGGAAGCCUCAUCUUCCUUCAAUAACUCUAACCAGAGUCCAUCUUCGAGUUUCCAAGGGCCUGCUGCCUCGUUACCAGCUCAGCAACAUACAUUAAGCGUCACAGCAAAUAACCUAAUCCAACAGAAUCACAUGCAGUCAUCUCAAGGAAAUCCGGCUUUACAACAACAAAUGAUCCAACAACUUCUCCAGGAGAUGUCUAAUAACAACACGGGAGUUCAACUUCUCCAGGAGAUGUCUAAUAACAACACGGGAGUUCAACAGCAGUCCGUGAAUGGGCAGAAUGAGAAUGGAAGUGCGGGGAGAAACACCUCUGCUCUGGCUACAGCUACCUCUACCGUGUCUGGAAGUGUUGCAGGGCCUGCACUGAGUCAAAGCAACAGUUUCAAAGCCACUUCAAACGACAACUCUUUAGCUGCCGGUGGCGACAACAGAUUCAACCGAGGACAACCUGAUUUGCCCCAGAAUCUCCAUUCACAGGACGAUACAGUUCCGGAUAUAGCAAAUGAUUUCAUGGAUAAUGGGUUUUUUAACAAUGACCUUGACUAUAAUAUUGGUUAUGGCUGGAAGGCAUGACUAACAUAAUUUUGCCCCAUAUCAUUGACUUUCUGCUAGUUUGAAUCUUUUGGGCAAAUCAUUGUACAAAAUAUUUGAAAUCAUUUUUUUUUUGCCUCUCUAAUAUGGUAUUACUGUGCCAUAACUAGCUUUUUUUGUUCUUAAGUAGGUAUUUCCUGAUUUUUUUUUCUUUUAAUUUUCCCUUUCUAAGGGUUUUCAGUUUUCAAGUAUUUCAAGUGUAAUCUAUUGAACGAACUUGAGAAUAGACUGGGUAUCUUUAUUAAUAUGAUAUUUACAAGUUUUUCUGUC